AUGAGCGGCUGCGGCCUGGGCGGCGGCAUUGACUCGGACGACCCGUUUGACUCAGAAGAUUCAAUGAUGGACUUUCCUGUGCCGCCCAUGCCGGUGCACGAGAUCAUGCGCUGCCUGCACUCCUCCGCUGCUGAAAUGGCCGCUGAAGAUGGCAACCCUGAAGGAAUCGAGAAAAUCCCCUCUGGCGGCGGUGCUGGUAACCCUACCACAUGUGGUAACCCUACUACUUCCGGUAGCCCUGCCUCCGCUGCACGAACCACCGCUGCUGCGAAGGACGAUCAACACGAGGUGGCAUCAGCAGGGAAUGCGGAGGGCACUCCUCUACUAAGCAGGACUACUUCUUCGACCAGCGCGUCUCUCCGGAGCUUCGUGCUUGCUGGAGCAGGGAUGGAGGCAGGGCCGGAGACUGACAGCACUCCCAUGCAGGCAGCUCCCUGCGCCUCUCCUCGGGGCUCCACCCCUGCUGCUGCAGGGCUGGCUUCAGCAGCCUCGUCCACUGAUUCGUCGCCGCUUGCAGCGAGUGCUACUACAAAGGCGGGGCAGGUAGCUGAGUCAUCCAGUGAUCGGGCCGACAGCAGGAAGUGUCUGGACGAGCACAACAAGGCCAUCAGUUCUUCUGUUCCCAUCCCACUGCCCCUCACACUGCACCUCUCACUGCUCCUCCCACUGCCCCUCACACUGCCCUUCACACUGCCCCUCACACUGCCCCUCACACUGCCCCUCACACUGCCCCUCACACUGCCCCUCACACUGCCCCUCACACUGCCCCUCACACUGCCCCUCACACUGCCCCACACACUACCCCUCCCUCUGUUUUCCACCCCCCUCGACAACCUCCUUCCCUUCAGCCCUCCCCAAUGUCACGCCACCACCCGUGUUACACUCCCAAGCACCAGCCAAACCCUUGUUCAGACCCACAGUGCACUUUCGAUACUCCUCUCCACCCAUCUCCUGCACUUCUAA